AUGCGGAUCUUGCAAUUCUCUUGGCCGCUUCUAAUCCUCCAAGCCGCAUUAUGUCUCCACGCCACUCAUGCACGCCCUGAUGCAUGGACAAGGUCCAAUUCGUCCUGGUCCGAAUCGCAACAGAGCAUCAUCCGAGAUAUAGCCAUCAUCGGCGGUGGCUCAGCAGGAACAUACGCCGCAAUUCGUCUACGCCAGAUGAACUAUAGCGUCGUCGUCAUCGAGAAGGAAGAUCAUCUUGGCGGGCACGUCAACACAUACACUGAGCCGACGACAGGAAUUGCCGCCGACUACGGAGUGCUGUACUUCGAGGAUGAGCCCUGGGUCCGCGACUACUUUGCUUAUCUCCAAGUCCCGGUGGUCAAAGUCUCCGUUCUGGGGCAAGGUGUAAUGCGCCGUGUCGAUAUGCGAACCGGGGCCUCCGUGCCCCUCUCAGAUGGAGCCACGAUCCCCGCGAUGGCGGCGUAUGCGGCACAGUUACUGAAAUAUCCCUAUCUCAACACCGGCUUCAAUCUUCCCGACCCCGUCCCGGAAGACCUCUUGCUCCCCUUUGGCGAGUUUAUCAGGAAAUACGAUCUGGACGGGGCGGUGGACAUUAUUGCGCUGUUUAACCAAGGGGUCGGAGACUUGUUGCAGCAGCUAACCCUCUACAUGAUGAAGUACUUCAGCCUGGGAGUGCUUCGAGACGCGAUCGGAGGGUUUCUCCAGCCCGCCAACCACAAUAACAGUGAACUCUACGGCGCAGCACAGCGAGAGUUGGGGAGCGACGCACUACUCAGUAGCACUGUUACCGCCACAAACCGUGACGACGGGGGAGAUGGAGGGGAGGACGACUGGGUCCAUCUGCAAACGCGCACACCCACCGGGGAGCAGACGAUCCAGGCCAAGAAACUGAUCGUCGCCAUUCAGCCCAGGCUCGAGAAUCUGGCCGCGAUAGACCUCGAUCCGGCCGAGCGGGACCUCUUCGGCCAGUUCAACAACACCAACUAUUACACCUCUCUGCCCAUGCCGACCCAGUCUCCCAACCUGACCUCCAUCCUUUACGGGAGCGUGGAUCAUAUGAGCGAGGACGAGGUCAAAAGACGUAUCACGCAGAGCGUGCUGCAAUUGAGGCAUGCUGGUAUUCCGGUCCAGGCGCCGGAGUUUGUGGCCUACUCCGAUCAUUUUCCGUUCUUGUUGACCGUCUCGGCGGAUGCGAUCCGCGGGGGCUUCUAUCGGGAGUUGAACGCCUUGCAGGGGCGUCGCAAUACGUACUAUAUGUCUGCGUCGCUCAAUACCUAUGACUCGGCGGAGAUUUGGCGCUUCAUUGAUGAGAUGUUGAGGGCGCAUUUCUCGCAACCGGAGGAUUAG